AUGUCAGGGGCCGUCGCAGCGGCGUCGUCCACAGCAAAGCCGAUACUCGGUCAACGGCGUGACGACCUCACAGCCCAGCAACCGAUGGAAGCACAAUUCCAACCGACAGCUUCAACCUCGACUGCAGCGACUGGAGCUGGUCCUGUCGACACCACUAGUGAUUUGAUCGCAGGAUGGCUGGGUGGAGCAGGUCAGUCGGUCGCUUUGCCCGUGUUCGACUGAACCUCGUCGAAUCAAAUCUGGCGUGGUGCUGAUCCGAUGAACAUCGACUUUUGCAUCCACUGUUUCAGCUGGCAUUCUUGUGUCGAACCCGUAAGCGCCUCCAUAGCCCAGAGUGGUCAAUUCGGCUCGAACCAGCAGCUCGCCAGAUCUCGCAACUCGACUGCACAGCUUGAUGAAUUUAGCUCAAGGCCGGAUAGCCCAAGGUCGACAACGGCCAUUGACCGGAUUGUUCUUCAUUUCACAGUCUCGAAGUUCUCAAGGUGCGCCUACAGACGGCACGAGUGCCAUCGAAUCGAGUCGGGCGAUCAAGUCCGCCUCCGACAGCGACCUCUUCUUCCGCGACCCCAUCGGCAACAGCGGCUUCCACACACGCCUCGUCGACGUCGACGACAAGACCUGGACUGGCAUCGUUGUGGAAGGCAGAGGGAUCCCGCUUUCUCUUUGCUGGUGCAGCCGGCCCAAUCUUGGGGCUCGCUUUUAUCGACUCGGCAUUCUUCGGCCUCUAUGGCCAGUUCAUGUCCGUCAACCCCCCACGGGACUGUGAGGCAAUCGGUACUGACGCCUGAUCGGUAUCUUACUUUUGCCUUCUUGUAGGAGUCGAUUUGAUCAAGAUCGGCAGGAUCCGACGUCGCUGACAAAAGUCUUCGUCGCCGGAGCCACGGCGGGAGGGUUGUGUGCUCUGCUCGAAACGCCGGUGCGUGACCCUACCAUUGACUACAGCCACAGAGCUCCAAUGGCUUGAGAUGCUGAGAUUCUCUUCUCGCUCCUCGUGUGACAGAUCGAAGUCGUCAAGUGUCGUGCCCAAGUCGAAUCAGGGGCCGGCACCAAACUUGGCUCGUUCAAGAUUGCUUCGAUGAUUGCGCGUCACGAAGGACUGCGAGGGUUCUACAUCGGUGGUCUGAUGACAGCCAUCCAUGACGGCAUCAGCAGUGGCAUCUUCUUCUGCGGAUGUGAGUCGAUCGCAGCGACAAAUGAACAAGGCCUUCGAAACGGAAUAUUGAUUGAGCCACAAAACGACCCCCACCAUAGAUUUCAUGUUUCGCCGCAUGUUGAGGGGCGAAUCGCCGUACUUUACACCACCUAUUCCUCCGCGGAUACCAACGUCGACAGCAACUUCAGAUAUCCCAUUCUCUAUCGCAUCCGCAGCCUCUUCCGCAGCAGCAGCAUCAACGACAACACCCGACGGCAGCUUGAGCUACCCUGAGAUAGGGAGGAUAUUGCUCGCUGGUGGGCUUGCAGGCGCUUUGAGUGCAGUCGUUCCGUACCCGUAAGUUGCCUUGAACCUGCUCCGAGUGAAUAUAGGUGCUCACCAAGCUAUCGUGUUCGUGUCCCAGAUUCGACAUCAUCAAGACACGCUUGCAAACCUCCAACUUUGAAGCCCUCUCUGGAUCCUCAAGAACGAUCCCUUCCUUGGCCUCCUCCGUCCAACCCACGCCGACUCAACUGGCUCCCCAUCAGUCCUUGUCGAUCCGCUCCGUGGCUCGAGGUAUCCAUGCCGAUGGCGUAGCAUCCUACCGCUACCGCUACACAUCAACCAUCCUCCACUCUUUGAUAACGCACUAUAUCUACCCCAACCCGAGACAUGCCCCUUCAACCUCCUCUACGUCAUCUUUCAUCUCGAAUCAGUCCUCUUCCUCGACAACGAACAUGAUCGAUGGGCGACCCGGUCCCGAUCCAAGAGCCGCCAAAUUGACGUUGAGGCUAUUGGGACUCAAAGGCUUCUUGACAGGGAUCAAGCCUACGCUCGUGAGCAGCUUCGUGGGGAGUGCGGUCACGAUCACUGGCUUCGAGGUCGCGCUUCACUGGUUGACCGGUGGACACGGAGGAGGUGGAGGUGGGAUAGGAUAG